CAAAUCCAGAUGCAAAGCUCCAUUAGAGGGCAGCAUCAAAACCCCAAUAUCUGCAGAUUUAUUAGUGGGAGGAUGCGGCAGUUAAUUAUCGUCAACCGUGUUGGAGCUGAAUGUUUUUAAAUAAGCAAAAAACCGAGAGCGCUUUAUUUUUGUGUACCUUCCAAUGAAAUGUCGUGCAGCUGCACGGGGGAAACGGUACUCCUUCGACUCUCAACGGACGGUGCACUUGAGAGAGAGAAAAAAAGAGCCCGAGCUGUAGGGAUUGCGAAUGUGACUGGAAUGGAAAUCGAAAACCAAAGGAGCCUAUCCACAGAUGGAAAAGAAGCUUUUGAAAGACAGAUUAAGAUUUUAGAAAAUCAAAAAAAGGAGCUCUUGAAGAUAAACAAGCAGUGGGACCAGGAGUUCAGGAACAUGAAGGCAGUGUAUGAGCAGAAGCUGAAGGAAAAGUUCACCACUUACCAACACUCCCUGACUGACCUAGAGAAGGAGCUGGAUGAGAAGCAGAGGGAUUUCGAUAAGAAGUUGCUGCUUGCCAAAGCAAAACUUGAAACAGCAGAAGAACAAAAGCAGACACUAAAUGCAAAAUUGCUUGAGGCUGAAGAAGAAAAUAAACAUUUGAAAGAAUGCCACUCCUCAAUAACCAAACAAAAAGGAUAUUAUGAACAUGAAAUUGCUCGUCUCAAUAAGGCUCUGUCUGAUGCUUUAAGAAAGCAGAAUGUUCCUUGCAUGUCUCACGGUUUUGAUAAUGCAGAAAUAAUGAGAAAGUCUCAUCCUGAAGAACUGACAACACAAAUUGAGAUCCUAAAGCAACAGGUGCAGAUAUUUGAAGAAGACUUUCAGAAAGAACGGUGUGACCGGGAAAGAAUGAAUGAAGAGAAAGAAGAAUUGAAGAAAAACAUUGAGCACCUACAAUCAAAACUUACUCUUCUUAACACACGGCUUAAGACUUAUGAGGAAGACUUUAUCAAGGAAAGGAAAGAAAAGGACUUACUGGGAAAAAAGCUGAAAAAACAGGCUACAGGCAUUCCGCAGUCACCUGCAACCCCUUACCCACCUCUGGCAUAUGCACCUUGUGCACCAUACAUUAAUUAUGGACAUCCCUAUGGAAUCCCUGUCCACUAUCCAGGCCCUGCAUUCAUGAUGCCUCAGACAGAGAGUAGAGGUUAUCAGCAGCAUCCCAUGCCAGAGUGUCCCUGGUAUCUUCCAUACUCCGAUGAGCUUUCACCAGAUCAACAAAAUGUUCAAAAAUGCAGGCCGAAAGAUAUUACCUCAACAAAAAGAAAUGCAAAAUAGACACCAUGGAAUAAAAAUGAUUUGUUAUGAAUAUUUAUCAAUGCCUUCAAACAACACUAGGCCUUUGCUGAUUACUGUCCUGUUGCAGUUGCUGCUGUUUAAUAUAUUUUUGAAGUAUGCUCUUUGUUUCCAUUUUUAAACAAACCAUAAUGAUAUGUUAAAUAUGAAACAAAAGCUUACCUUUUCAGCUGCAGUCAGGGAUGUAAUGAUUUUCAUUUGCAUGACUUAUUUAAUGUAGUAAACCAUCCCAGAGUUUUCAUAGGGGUGUCACCAAACUUCAGUAUUCCAUCACAAAGGAGAAUAUCUGGUGGUAGGUCUGUCUUAUGAACAGAGAUUGAACCGUUUAGGCCUAUACUCCAGCGAGUUUAGAAGAAUUAGAGGAGAUCGAAUGAAGUAUGUAAGAUGCUCGGGGGUAUUGACAAAGUAGAUGUAGAAAGGAUGCUUCUUCAUGUGGGGUAACCUAAAAUAGAUGAAAAACUGCUUCCCCAAGUCUAUAGAGUUUGCUAUCUCAGACUACGGUGGAUGUUGGGACAUUGAGUAAACGUAAGGAGGUGAUAGCUUUUUGAUUAGUAUUACUUGAAAGGCUAGGGAGAAUGGGAAGGAAAGUGGAGUCGAGGCCGAGAUGAGAUCAGCCAUGAUGGUGUCAAAUGAUUGAGCAAGCUCAAAGGGCUGAAUUACCUACUCCACCUACUUAUGUUCUUCAAAAUUGGAACACUUGAUGUCAUGGAAGAGAUAAUCUCAUUUUUAGAAUUUGGAUUUUUUUUGAAAGAUAGAUGGAUUUUAAUUAUAUCUGUGAAGUGUUUUGGUCACAAAAAUGGUCAAAGUCAAUUUGGGACAGUGCGCUAAAUAAAUCAUUCCUAAGAUAACAUUGUAAAUUCAGCUAACUGCCUAACGAACUCCCUAAGGCAUUAAUGGGGGAAACUGUUUUAUAUUGUUAGGUUUAUGGGGGUUGGGGGUAGAAUGAACAACUAGUUUAGUUUUAACUUCAGAGCAGAAGAUUCAAAGUUUGUUCAGAAUGUAGAAAAUUUAAGUUCUCAGAAUUGUGGAAGUUUCAUACAAUGACACCAAGAAAGCAAUCCUAAAAUGGUCUCUACAUUUAAAAUAAAAACUGGACAGAUAAAAGAUCAAGUAAAAGUUUAACAGCUGAAUUAGGAGCAAUAUUUCUUUGGGAUUGAGUCAUUGUGACAGGUGGUGUUGGGAAACCAGUUGAAACUUUGAUGUUUGUGUUAAGGUCCUCCUUACUGUAUUAUAUAUGUGUAUAGCUUUGUUUGCUUUUCUUUUAUGUAAUAAACUUGUUUUGUGUUAAAGAAAA